CAAAUUAAUGUGUCUAAUUGAGGGCCUGUGAAAUGAAAGGGUUACAGAGAGAUAUCAAGUGUUUCUGAGUCAAAAAGAAAAGAAAAAGACCACGCCUCCAGGUGGUUCUACUACCCACGGGAAAAAAUCUCCUCUUUCACUGUACCAAACUCAGCAAUAUAUAACUCGAGCUCGACCCGGCCUUUCACGUGAUCUCUCGUUUCUAUCAUUCAGAUACUUGUCGUAAGAAAAGCCGUGGACGAUGGCUGGUAAUUACGGGCACGACGGCGGCGUAUCUGACCCGCCGCCUACUGACGGAGGAUACGGAGGCUCUGGCGGUGAUGGAUACGGCGGCUCAGGCACUGGUGGAUACGGUGGCUCGGGAGGCACUGGUGGAUACGGUGGUUCAGGAGGCACUGGUGGAUAUGAUAGUUCCGGCGGCGGAGGAUAUGGUGGCUCCGGUGUCGGUGGACACGGUGGUUUUGAAGGCAGUGGAUACGGUGGUCCUGGAGGAGGUGGAUAUGCAUCGGGCAACAGAGGGGGAUAUGGUGGAUCAGGCAACGGAGGGGGAUAUGGUGGAUCGGGCAGCAGAGGGGGAUAUGGUGGAACAGGUGGUGGAAGAUAUGGUGCGGGAGGGGCUAGUUACGGAGGCAGCACUGGAGGAUAUGGUAACAGUGAUAGAGGCGGUGGAAGAGGAAGUGGAGGAUAUGGUGGUGGUGGUUCCCGUAAUCAGGGUGGUGGUGGAUAUCAAGGAGGAGAUCGUGGUGGUAGCGGUGGAAGAGGUGGUGGUCGCAGUGGAGGAAGUGGGAGGGAUGGUGAUUGGCGUUGCCCUAAUCCAAGUUGUGGGAACUUGAACUUUGCUAGAAGAGUUGAGUGUAAUAAAUGUGGUGCACCUUCGCCUGGGGGUAAUGAUGAUCGUGGUAGCAGAGGUGGUAGCGGUUAUGGUAGAGGUGGAAGUGGUGGGGGAUAUGGAAAUAAUCGAGGGGGAAGGGGUGAUAAUUAUGAUAGAGGGAGUGGAGGAAGCAAUAGGAAUGACUCGUAUGCUGGUAAUCAGGGAAGAGCUGAUGGUGGUUAUGGUCAGGGUCCUCCAGCUGCUCGUCCAUCUUAUGGAGGCCCUGAUAGCAGCUAUCCACCACCGUCCAAUACUUACGGUGGCAACUCAGACGAUGCCCCUGAUGCAGUUCCUCCGCCAGCAAGUUACAGUGGUGCGCCUCCAUCAUAUCCCCCUUCACAUGCUAGUGCUGUUGGCUAUGGUCGGAAUAUACAAUCUGAUGCACGUGGUGAUGGUCGGGGUGGCCCACAAGGAGGAUAUGAUGGGGGAUAUGGUGGUGGUCCUCGAAAAGAAGUAGGUAGUCAUGGCAGUGCUGAGGCUCCAGCGAAGGUCAAGCAGUGUGAUGAGCAUUGUGGAGAUUCUUGUGACAACUCAAGAAUAUACAUCUCAAAUUUGCCCCCUGAUGUCACCAUUGAAGAACUCCAAGAGCUUUUUGGAAGCAUUGGACAAGUGGCAAGAAUCAAGCAAAAACGAGGUUACAAAGACCAGUGGCCUUGGAGCAUAAAGAUAUAUACAGAUGAAAAAGGAAAUAACAAAGGAGAUGCAGUAUUGUCAUAUGAAGAUCCUUCUGCAGCGCACUCAGCUGGAGGCUUUUUUAAUAAUUAUGACUUCAGAGGUUAUAAGAUCAGUGUUGCAAUGGCUGAGAAGUCUGCACCAAAGGAUCCUUCAGCAUAUGGUUCUGGGGGCCGUGGUCGAGGCGGAUAUGGUGGUGACCGGUGCAGAGAUAACUAUGGUUCUGGUCCAGACCGAAAUUUUCAUGGUGGAAACCGUUCACGUCCUUACUGAAAUUCAACCAGACAAUCUAUGUACUAAAAAUAUGUGGUGGGAGGGUUUUUUAAAUAGUUCCAUUCCAAGAUAUACUCCCUUAGCUGGAGACAAAGAGGUAGGUUGUUCACUCACUCUGAGCAAUACCCUUUUCCUCCUUGCUGUCUGCUACUUUAAGGGGUUUCCCUAGUUUGAAACCUUGAUUAAUGUGAGCUAUUAUGUGAAUGUUUUUAUAGAGGCGAGUGGAUGUUCUGCAAAAUGCUGCUAAGGUAGGUUGAAAUGUUCAGGUGAGUGUUGCUUCUUUGAAAAAUCUAAAAUGCUCCAUUAAUUCAGCUGAUUGAUAAUGUUUUUGCAUGUGUGUGCUUGCACAUGCUGGCAUCUUCACAUGGUGCCGAAUGUGAUGUUUUAGGUGCAUCUAGCACAUAAAUUUUUUCGAGCUAUAAUUAUCAUUUCUAUGGUUAUAGCUAAUGUCCAGGUCAGAAAUGACCAUCUAGUUUAGAAUCAGCCUAUUUUAGCCAGUACAAAGAAUCUUCUUAUAUCUUUUGAGAUUGCUGAGCUGGGUCCUCAAUACCAUGGCAUUCUUGGUAGAGAAAAGAAUCAGAUUGUGGUUAGUCUUGCAUUUUUUACAAGUUCAGAAUGGAGUGAAGGAGUUUGAGAUUCAGGAUUGUCUCUUCCUCUCUAUCCACUUCUCUUUUAUGGUUUUACAUUUCAUAAAAUUGUGGUGAUGGUAGACUGUUGUUUGUUGACCGAGCUUCCCGUAGUCACAAUGGUAUUGACUUGGAAACUUAUGGUGGGAACGGAGAAGUAGACUGUUAUAGCUUGUGUAUUUGAUAAGGACGACUUAGCUGGAUGAGAUGUCCAGGAGCUAAUUUGAUGUUCCUAAGGGUGCACCGACAUAACAAUUUGAAUGAUUUUAUCGACCCGAGUAGCCUUUGAAGAAGCAUGGACCGUGGAGGUGCUAAGUCCCCUCAUGUUGAGCUUUGAUACUGAAUAACCCGGCUAUAGGAGUCUAUCCGGAGUGGGCGGUAUUACUAGCGUCUUAGUGGUCGAUCUGUUUAUAAUGGUGUACUUGGUUUGGUUCUUUGCUUCAAGAAUAAAAUGGGUCCAAUUAUCACGGAAGUAGAGAUUGGUCGACGAAGUAGAAGGAGGAGGGUGUGUUUUCCUUUCCCUAGGAAAACCAAGCCCACAGCUGCAGUGAUGGGAUAUUCUUUUGAAAAGAUGCUCGAAAUGCCCGACAGUUGAGCCAACGUUCUGCUAUUGAGAUUUUUCUUGUAGUACGUGUAGUAAUGGUGAUUUUGGCAAGCUUGUACUAAAUACUAAUAAUGGCUACCCUCUUGUAAAAAUUGCACUUUGGGCGCCCCUUUUUAACCUGUAGCCGCUUUGUCUUUUUGUUUGCA